AUGAAUCAACAAAUUCUUGCCCAUUGGUUAAAAGAGGGCGAGCAUCAAUACAAGGGAGAAGCUACUGUGAUCUCGCAACAAUUUAGAACAAAUUUAAAUGAAAAUAAUUCAGAAACUAUUCCAAGGGUUGCAUUAUCGGAAUUAUCAGAAGCUCAAAUUUCAAACAAUGUUAUAUCACAACGAAUCAAAUUAAAUUCAAAUCUGAUUAAUCAUCAAGCCACAAAUGUUUUACAAAUUGGUGUCACUGAACAAGAGGAAUCAUCAGCUCAUCAAAGUAUGGUGGAAGGUUCAAGAAAUGAUGCAUCAGCUACAAAUUUAGCUCCAACAAACAUCUUAAUUGAUACGAAUCCAACAGCAUUAAACACUAAUGUCAUAAGAUUUGAUAGUACAACUAAGACCUUUAAAUGUCCCAUUGUUAAUUGUGAAAAAGGAUAUAAAACUAGAGCUCAUGUUAAAAGACAUAUGUUUUCGCAUGGGGAUCGUACAUUUGAAUGUUCAACUUGCUCAAAUAGAUAUUACACUGGAGAAGAUUUAAAAAGACACCAAAAAUCUCAUUCAAGAACUUCAAAUUUAAAUGCAAAAAGAUCAAAAAGAUCAAAAACUAAUAAAAGAUUAGCAAAUUCAAAUCUGAUUAAUCAUCAAGCCACAAGUGUUUUACAAAUUGGUGUCACUGAACAAGAGGAAUCAUCAGCUCAUCAAAGUAUGGUGGAAGGUUCAAGUAAUGAUGCGUCAACUACAUAUUUAGCUCCAACAAACAUCUCAAACGACACCAAUCCAACAGAAUCAAACACUCAAAUUCAAGAAACUAAUGAUAUAAGAUUUGAUAGUACAAGUAUGACCUAUAAAUGUCCUAUUGCCGGUUGUGAUAAAAGAUACAAAUCUAAAUAUCAUGUUGAAAGACAUAUGUUUUCGCAUGGUGAUCCUACAUUUGAAUGUUUAAUUUGCUCAAAGAAAUAUUACACUGGAGAAGCUUUAAAAAGACACCAAAUAUGUCAUUCAACUUCAAAGAAAUAUGAAUGUUCUUAUAAAAAUUGCAAUAAAAGAUAUAAUAGAAAAAGUGAUUUGGGUAGACAUAUAAGAUUCAUCCAUAAAACUACUGUUUGUACUUGUCCAUUUUGUGGAAAACAAUACUCCACCCAUGGUGGAUAUUCAUCCCAUCUUAAAUUACAUAACUCGUUCAAAUGUGAUAUUUGUCAAAAAUUAUAUGCUACACAACGUAAAUUAGAAUUGCACAAAAAAUCGAUUCAUUUAUGA